AUGCAAAAUCGUCGAGAUGGAGUAUUAAUGGUAAAACCUAAUCUACCAUUAAAACCACAAGAAAAUUUUACUUUUUUCAAAUUUAUGUUAAGCAAUGUUACCUGUUAUGAAACUGAAAAAGUUGUUCGUUUUGAAUAUAAAUGGAUAGGUCUUUUAUCAUUAAUUGUCAAAUUAACUAUUGCAAUUAGUUGUCUUUAUUUAAUGUUUCAAAGAGAUUCUUAUCAAAUAUUUGAUCGAUCACCAAUAUCAGCCGUAACCAUCAAAGUAAAACAAUCAAACAUCUGUUCAAAUAAUGAUAGUAUAAUACGUUAUGCACUACAAUACAAUUGUUCAAACUCGUUAUAUGAUGUCAAUGAUUUUGUUAAGCCAGCAACAGAGAACGGAGCAGUAUCAAUAACAACACGAAUGAUAGAAAUCAAACACAUAUUACAACCUUGUAAUACGAAAAACGUUAAGAAAAAUCAAACGUUAUACAACGCAUCCAUACAUCAAUGUGAUCAUCAAGCACGUUGUAUUUUACCACCGUUUUAUCGUUCUCAAAAUGGAACUAUGUUGAACAAACAGACACUGUGCUGGUUUGAAGCACUGCCAAGAUUUGAACGAUUAAACUAUCAAGCACUUGAUUAUGUUAUAUUUAUAAAACAUUUUGUAGAAUUUGCACAAUUAGGAGUUGUUAGACAUAAUCUGUUGCCCAAUUUACUAACCUCAGAUUAUUUGCGAACAUGUGAAUAUGAUCCAUAUGAACAUCCAUUUUGUCCAAAAUUUAGAAUUUUGAAAAUUUUACAAAUCAUUGAAAAAAACUCAAGUGAAUAUAAAUCAAUAUUUUUUCAUGGAUCAUUAAUUGAAAUACGAAUUGCUUGGAAAUGUAAUCUUGAUAGAAAUUUGAAAUAUUGUGAACCUACAUAUGAAUUUCAACGUUUAGAUAUUGUACCGUACAGCAAAAAUCCGUAUGAUUCCGGUUCAAACUUUCUUACAUCACAUUAUUUUUUUCAGCCUAAUAGUCGUGAAGUAUAUCGGAUGCAUACACAUAUAUAUAAUUUACAUAUUAUAAUUUCGGUUAGUGGUGAGGCAGGAAGAUUUGAUUUAUUUCAAACAACAACAAGUAUUGGAUCAUUUCUUGGCAUAUUUGGUACAGGAUCGAUUGUUUGCGAUUUUAUAGCGGCAUUUGUUAUUAAUUUUAAAAAAGUAAAAUAUGAUGAUUAG